GCGGAGGGCUCCUUUGCCCCGCCCCUCUGCCGGCGCCGUCGUGGCGUCCACUUCCUGGCCCUCCCCACCUUCAGCGAGACCAACGAGAGGACACCGCCUGCAUCUAGAGCAGCCUGACAGGAACGUAACCGAGUGGCGCGCGAACGUGAGACGAAAACCGUGCGCGGCUGCGCUUUCCCGCCCCUGAGCCGUUCUAGACGCGGGGAAAAUGCUUUCUGAAAGCAGUUCGUUUUUGAAGGGUGUAAUGCUCGGAAGCAUUUUCUGUGCCUUGAUCACUAUGCUAGGACACAUUAAGAUUGGUCAUGGAAAUAGAAUGCACGACCACAAGCAUCAUCACCUGCAAGCUCCUAAUAAAGAAGAUAUCUUGAAAAUUUCAGAGGAUGAACGCAUGGAGCUCAGUAAGAGCUUUCAGGUAUACUGUAUCAUCCUUGUAAAACCCAAAGAUGUGAGUCUCUGGGCUGCAGUGAAGGAGACUUGGACCAAACACUGUGACAAAGCAGAGUUCUUCAGUUCUGAAAAUGUUAAAGUGUUUGAGUCAAUUAACAUGGAAACAAAUGACAUGUGGUUAAUGAUGAGAAAAGCUUACAAAUACGCCUUUGAUAAAUAUAGAGACCAAUACAACUGGUUCUUCCUUGCACGCCCUACUACAUUUGCUAUUAUUGAAAACUUAAAGUACUUUUUGUUAAAAAAGGAUCCAUCACAACCUUUCUAUCUAGGCCACACUGUGAAAUCUGGAGACCUUGAAUAUGUGAGUGUGGAAGGAGGAAUUGUCUUAAGUAUAGAAUCGAUGAAAAGACUUAACAGCCUUCUCAGUGUACCAGAGAAGUGUCCUGAACAGGGAGGGAUGAUUUGGAAGAUAUCUGAAGAUAAGCAGUUAGCAGUCUGCCUGAAAUAUGCUGGAGUAUUUGCAGAAAAUGCAGAAGAUUCUGAAGGAAAAGAUGUAUUUAAUACCAAAUCUGUUGGGCUUUUUAUUAAAGAGGCAAUGACUAAUCAACCCAACCAAGUAGUAGAAGGAUGUUGUUCAGAUAUGGCUGUUACUUUUAAUGGACUGACUCCUAAUCAGAUGCAUGUGAUGAUGUAUGGGGUAUACCGUCUUAGGGCAUUUGGGCAUAUUUUCAAUGAUGCAUUGGUUUUCCUACCUCCAAAUGGUUCUGACAAUGACUGAAAAGUGAAACAAGAGUGUGUAUAUAUGAUCAUUGUAUAGGACACGUGUUGUCAUUAUUUGUAGUAACAGCUACAUAUCCAACACAGAAAUAUGUUUCUUUUUCAGUUUGGUAGCACUGGUUUAUUCACACAUGGAAGUUUAUUAGUAUAUUUUUAAAUAGGGCAGGGGUUUUUUUCCUUAAAACUCAUGCAAAUUUCAGGUGUGUUGGAAAGAAAUGUUAAAAGAAUAAUAAUUUUACAAAUAAAGGAUAUAUUUAUAAUGUAUUUAUGUGAUAAAUUCUAAAUUAUGAACAUUAAAAAUCCGUGUGGCACUUAUUUUUGCUGAUCGAUUAAAAAUGUGGCAUGUCUUACUAGCUUUCUAAGAUAUGCAAAUAAAAUCUCUAGUUGUGAAUUUGUGAUUAAAGUAAAACUUUUCACUCUGUGUUUCUGUUACUUCUAAUGUUGGUUUAUGUUCUAAGCCUCCACAAGUGCCAGUGGAUUUGCUUUCUUCAAAAUACACAACCAAGCAAUAAAGGAAAUGUUCCCAGCCAGUAUUAAAGUGAAAUUUAAAAUCUAUCCCUGAGAGGAAAAGUGAAAAUUACUUAUAAAGGUUAAUAAUUUUCCUGGGAGCUAAUUUAGUGGCAUUACUCAGCACACACAAUUUCAUUGUAAUUCUCUGUACUUCUCUAUGAUGAUACUGAAAUUGAAGUGGUGACUGUAAAGAAUGUAACAUCAUCUGUGUUGUUUCCCAGUUAAUCUGGCUCUCAGCUGUGGCUUGGAUAAAAGUAUAUCAAUUGAGAUU